AUGCAGCACAAAACCGAUACUGGAGAAGAAACUUAAUUGAUACAUGGGCAAAUCUAAUGUUACCAUAAUUGUAGCGAAACAGUCAUGCUUCCGCAUAUUGUCAUUUUUUUACCUAUUUGACUAGCCUUUCAGAUCAAUAGUGUGCUGCCUCUUUCACUCGUCAUACUUCCUUGUUCCUAUGUUAUUUCUACAUCAGAUAAGAAGCGUGUAGCCUAACUAAACAGUAUUUUUCAACAACAAAUAUGCAGGGUGGUGACGGUGACCAAACGCAUAUAGCACGUAAAGAGGCUUUCGACGACUACCUAAAUUACUAUGAUCAGAUUUGGAGUAAGGGUAACCUGAAACUAUGCCAAGAGAAACAGGUUACCGUGGAAGCUAGACGAUUUUUGCUGUUAGAAACAGACCCCGGAGAAAGAUUUUCUCAUUUUGACUUCUACUUUACUGCAUCCGAAUGCGUAAAACAAGGCUUUAAAGAUUGUCGAACAUUCUUCAGCGCGCUCAUUAAAGCCACAGAGGUGUUGGAGAUGUUCUGUGUAAAUCUGUUUCUUUACCCGUGGAAGAAGGAAAUCAAGAUUGUCAAGACUUUCACUGGCCCCUUUGUCUACUGCAUCCAGCCGGUCCUGACAAAGAGUGCCACGAAAAGUAUCCUUGAAACGAUAGGAUAUCAUCUGGAAACUGACACAGAGUACCGACUCACAAACAAUGCAGACCCUGAAACAGCCAUGAAAAUGGGUUUUGAGCUUUUCCUGGCGCGAACAGAGUGUGAGUACCUGUUGGAGCUCAUGGGUCAGCGGUCACAGCAUGAGUGUCUGGAAAUUCUACAGAGGAGAGCUGCACGACUACCUCACACCCAGAGGGCUGCCGAGGAGACAGCAAAGGAGUCUGAAACAGAGCCCUUACAAAUGCAGAAAGAAGAGGAGAACGAGGAUAAGGGUCUAUCAAAUGGUUGUUCCCUGGUAGACCCAGGACCAGUGGAGACAGAUGAGGGAGACUUAACUGAGGAGAACCGUGUCAGCGCUAGCACACCAGGCAGGCAACAGGAUGAUGGACAGAUACCCCUCAACCUGGAGGUUCAGUCCAUUGAGACAACACAUUCUCCAGGAAUCAGACCACCCAGGGCAUUCUUGAACGAUGACAGAUCUAUCCUGGAGAUUCAGCAGAAUUACCCAGACCUUGCCAUCAGGCAGAAGCCAAUAUUCAGUAAGCCACUGGGUGGACUUCCUGUAUCGCGAAGGCGACUUAUUAAAGAGAACACACCUGAGGAAGGUGGCAGUGCAGCCAAUUUAGCUGGCAGUGAUGUAAGUGGUCCCCAGUCCAUCUCCAUUCACACCACAGCAGCACCAAAACCCCAUCUCACAGAAGCAGUCCCAAAACCCCAUCUCACAGAAGCAGUCCCAAAACCCCAUCUCACAGAAGCAGUCCCAAAACCCCAUCUCACAGAAGCAGUCCCAAAACCCCAUCUCACAGAAGCAGUCCCAAAACUCCAGCCUCCAGAAGAUAAGGCCUACAAGACUACUGCCACGUUCCAUGGACCAACUCCUCCACAGGUAGAAGUGACCAAAGAGGGUCAGGAGGCCGAUGAUGCAGAUGAGCUGACCAAGCUGGCUGAGAGGAUUGGCCAACUGCAUGUCCAUGAGCACAAGAUGGAGGACAACAAGGUGAAGGAGAACCUGAAAUACCCUGUAGAAGAGACAGCACCACCACAUGCCAGUUGCAAUGACCAUGAUGGGUCCCCUCAACAGGAUUCUGCAGGGGACCAGAGCCAGCCCCUAAUGUGCCAUCCCUCUCUGGUGCCGGUUUGUAACAUCCCAGGCUGUAGCACCUGUGAAGUAGCAGACGGUCCCCACAAACACAUUCUUAGUAGGGACACCAUCAAAGAGCCACCUCACUCCAUCUAUGUCCCAACCAGCCACCUGGACCCCUCAGUGUUUGACCCUACUGCUGCUGACCACCAGCCCUCCACAGGCCCUCAGCACCAGGACAUGGAGGGCCCCAUCCCUCAAACCACAGAGGACGAGCUGCUUCAAACCUAUGUCAUGGUGGACGGGCCUUAGAGGAAGUAAGGUCAUGAUCAGAACACAGAGGGAAAUUGAUUGACAGGUCUGAAACAUCACUUGCCAAGUUGUUUUGGACUGGGGCGAUUCAAUCAGUGGAGGCUGCUGAGGGGAGAAUGGCUCAUAAAUGUCUGGAAUUGAGUAAAUGGAAUGGCAUCAAUCCAUGUUUUGAUACCAUUCCAAUCUUUCUGCUCCAGCCAUUACCACAAGCCCGUCAUCUUCCAAUUAAGGUGCAACCAACCUCCUGUGGAUUCAAUGUAUGAAGGUGACAAGAAUGACCUCGUUGAAUUUAAUGCGUCUUCUGUAUUUUCUGACAUUUGCUUUGUACUUUUUCUCAGGUGAUAGACUUUUAAUACAAUGUUAAUUAUGCUUGACCUAAUUUAUGAGGUGGAAGUAAUGUUUCCACUGUGUCCUCUUACAGUGACAGUGCCUUACAGAAAUGUAUUCUAUGCCAAUCCUGCACUUACUUUCCUUGCUCAUUGUCAUUGAGACUACUGAAUGCUUUGUAAUGUUUAUGAAAAUGUUAGUCCAAUUGUAUUCAGAAUGUUAUGACCUUUUUUAACUCAUAAAAAUGUGAAAAACUUU